AUGCUUCAAACCAUCAGUCACAAUCCAGCAUCCAAUGCAAUAGGCGAACUAUUGAGUGUGGAUCCAACUAACGGAAACCAACCGUCAAAAGUUCCUAAUGGACAGAUGCCUGGUACAUCAAAUUCCGGGUCUGGAAAUCAAAUUCGUCAACCUAUUUCUAAUCAAGACUUAGAUGUUAGAGAUAGGCUUAGUAAAGAACCGCCAUCUUGUGAGCCAUCUGCUACUUUCGUACCAGGACAAGGUAAGAUUUGCAAAGACCAGUUGAUCUUUGAAGAAAGUUUUACUUUAGGAAAAUUAGACAGGACAAAAUGGAAGCAUGAUUGUCAUAUGGCCAAUAUUGAUAUGGACAACGAAUUUGUAUCUUAUCAAGCAAAACCUGAAAAUAUUUUCGUCAGUGAUAAAAGUUUAAUGUUUCAUCCGACUGUUUUGAAUGAUGCAGAUUUUGUUGAAAGCGGAGAAUUGGAUCUUGCAAGCACAUGCGGUUGUGCACCAAUGGCAUAUGGCGAGUGCUCAAGGAAGGCCAUGUUCUAUAAUAUAUUACCACCAGUAGUGUCUGCCAUUUUGAAUUUGGAACCCAAGGAUUACAAUCAUGGAUCCGGCUAUAAAUCCGGUGCCAUGAGGAUCGCUUUUGCGAGAGGAAAUAAAGUCCUGAAAUCCCAGGAAACAGAUUACGACUUUGGAUCUUCAGAAUUAAGUGGUGCCUUAUUAUUUAAACACGAUGAUCCUGUCAGGAAUAUCACCGCCAAAGUUUAUAAAAACGUUAAUAAGGAAUCUUGGGCAAAUGCUUUUCAUAAAUACGAACUAGAAUGGACACCCUAUCAUGUAUGUUUCAUAGUUGAUAAUAUCAAAUAUGGCGUAAUAUUGCCUCCAAAAGGUAAUUUUCCAUCUGGACAAAGCCAAGAUGUAACUAAAGGUGAAAAUUGGAAGAAUCAUAUGCCGAUGUUUAGCGAACUGAUGGUUGUUCGUUUAGGCUUAGGUGCAGGAGGAAUUACCGAUUUUCCUGAUGGCACAUCCUCCAGCAGUUCCAAUGGUGACUUUGCACCCAAACCUUGGGAGAAUUUCAAUCCAAAGUCGAUGCUCAGGUAA